AUGUCUGCAGGGGGCAAUAAGAAUUUCCAUCUCUUCUUCCUCUUCAGCGGCGAUGGUAGCGGCGAUAGCAGCGGCCUCAGCAGCAAUGGCGGCUUCUUCAUCAUCAGCUUCAGAAGCAGCAGCGUCAUCGAACUCAUCGAUAAGGAGGUCCUCGACUUCAGGAAGAGCCUCCUCCUCAGGCUCAGGCUCGGGUUCAGGCUCAGGCUCAGCUUCGAGUUCAGGUUCAGCCGCAGCUGCUUCGGCAGCCUUCUCAGCUCUUUGGGUAGCGUUCUCAGUAAGGACAACAAAUCUAUCGUUAUCCUUCUUGCCAAGUUUGCCUUUCUUGUUUUUCUUGGCGGUUAG